AUGUCCGCUCAACAAAUUCGAAGAUGUAUAAGCGAUAUUUUAGGGAUUUCUGCUGACGAUUCUUCGAGCAAUUGGAACCAAGGACGACUGAAAAAGCUUCAAUCAACGACGUCAACUCUGUACAAUAUCUCGCUGUCGAAAGUGAUGCUCAAGCAAAAUGAAGAGAUUGGAAGGGCACACAUAUGUGCAUAUUUGGCCACGGAACGACUUGCAGAGAAACAUGAGCCUGGACUACGUUACUAUUCGGACAAAAUACCCUUGGAACCAAGGCACGCGCUCAAAGUUAUGGAACUUUUCAAAACAGCGCUUUUGAAAGGUUCUCCGGCUAAACAAAUAAAUUGGUCUCCAAGCCCAAAGAAGUCCUUGAGCCCUGUGAAAAAUGCCGGUCGCUUUACGUCAAUGAACCCAGAUGACCUUCGAAGACAACUUUUUGGAACACCUACGAAAAGCGAUGUGAAAUCUGCUACACCCAAAAUUAAGCCAGCGGAUAAUCAUGAAGAGUCAUCUCGAAAUGAAAAAGGUCCGAAGGAUGCCUCUACAAGAAGAAGACUGGUCUUCGAAGAUGAGGAUCCUGAUCCCGCUGUCGAUAAGGGCGGUUUACGCGGUAAAUCCAUUGAACUGCAAACUUCAAACGGUUAUAAAGUAGAUUCGGAAUCUAGUCCCGUUACGCCGAGAAAGAGGGCCAAAUCUACGCAACUGAGCGCCGGUUCACCCAAGAAAUCGCGGUUUCAAGACACUCCAUACCGGUCAGAGCUCUCAGGUAGCGGUGAUACUGCCAAUCGCGGCUGUCUGCUUUACAAAAAAUAUUGUCGAGCAACGCCCUCUGAGAUCGUUGAACUCUGUAACCAUUUCGAAAUCCCAAGCGAGAUUACCUACAGAAUACUGGACAAGUUCAGUGAACAUGCCACUUAUCUGGUGUACCCGUUUCGACUCGUUUGUGGCCUCAUUUUGAACUGCUGUCAAGUCAUUUUCAGUGACAAGAGAAAGCAAGACCCCAGAAUCGACGAGUACCUGUUCAAGAAAAUGGGGCUACUGGUCAAAACUUCCAAUUUUUCAGAGAUGAAAGAGUGUAUGAAAAUGGUGAGGGAAAUCAUCGAUGGUGAGAAGUGGUAUCGUGCUCUAAAGGUCAAGCACAAUUUCUACGAUGGUGUAGCCUACGAAGAAGCAAUUGCUAUAAGACUCGGAAACAUGCUACAGCGAUCCUCCAAUAUUGCCACGGAGGAACAAUAUACGUCUUGGAAACACAAGACGCUAACGGAUUUGACGCUAAGAGAUGGGUUUCACUGA